AUGACUAGCACUGCUCACCUCCUCGUCUGGGGCUUGUUGGCGGCUACUGGCGUCCAAGGCCAGGACUUUGGCGGCGGCUCCCGUGAUGAUGAUGCGUUUAGCUAUGUCCAGCCUAAGAACACGACUAUCCUCGGUCAAUAUGGACACUCUCCUCCUGUCUACCCUUCACCAAAUGCAACUGGUGCCGGUGGAUGGGAGACAGCCCUCGUCCAGGCCAAGGACUUCGUUGCCGAGUUGACCCUCGAGGAGAAGGCAGAUAUGGUCACUGGGCAGUUCGGGCCAUGUGUGGGAAACAUCGUGGCCGUCCCACGACUCAACUUCAGCGGCCUUUGUCUGCAAGACGGCCCGCUGGCCAUUCGCGUGGCAGACUACGCCAGUGUCUUCCCUGCUGGAGUCACUGUCGCAGCCUCCUGGGAUCGAAAGAUCUUGUAUGACCGUGGUUAUGCCAUGGGCGAGGAAUUCAAAGCCAAGGGUGCUCACGCCAUCCUCGGACCCGUCGCUGGUCCUCUAGGCCGCUCUGCAUACUCUGGCCGAAACUGGGAAGGAUUCGCUGCCGACCCCUACCUUACUGGUGUUGCCAUGGAGGAGACUAUCCAAGGCCACCAGGAUGCCGGUGUUCAGGCCACCGCGAAGCACUUUAUUGGUAAUGAGCAGGAGACUCAACGCAACCCCAACUUCAACUCCAGCGGUCCAGUUGGACAGGUCAUCCAAGAAGCUUUGUCUUCCAACAUCGAUGACCGAACCAUGCACGAGCUUUACCUGUGGCCGUUUGCUAACGCUGCCCGUGCUAAGGCAGCCAGCUUUAUGUGCUCUUACCAACGCAUCAACGGCUCCUAUGGAUGUGCAAACUCCAAGGUUCUUAACGGACUGCUCAAGGAGGAGCUCGGCUUCCAGGGCUAUGUUAUGUCCGACUGGGGUGGCACCCACUCUGGUGUUGCCGGUAUCGAGAGCGGACAAGACAUGGACAUGCCUGGUGGUCUCGGCGGAUAUGGCAAAGACAACAAGGCCGGUUCAUUCUUUGGCGGCAAUGUGACUCUGGCUGUGAACAACGGAACCCUGGACGAAACUCGCAUUGAUGACAUGAUUGUUCGCAUCAUGACCCCUUACUACUGGCUCAACCAGGACAAGGACUAUCCCUCUGUUGACCCGUCCGGUGCCGACCUAAACACCUUCUCGCCCCGGGACACAUGGAUUCGCGAGUUUAACCUCACCGGUCCUCGAAGCCGUGAUGUCCGCGGCAACCACGGUGAGCUCAUCCGCAGACACGCAGCUGAGUCCACUGUAUUGCUCAAGAACAUCAAGAACGCCCUCCCUCUGAAAGCGCCCAAGACUCUGGCCGUGUUCGGUAACGAUGCGACGGAGAACACAAACGGCCCAGUCAACCUUGAGGUUUUUGAGUAUGGAAAUCUCGCUGCUGGUGGUGGCUCGGGAACUGGUCGAUUCACAUAUCUGGUCUCUCCAUUGGCCGCUAUCAACGAGCGUGCGAAGAAGGACAAGACGGGCCUCGUUCAAUACUGGUUGAACAACACUCAAAUCGCGACUUCCGACGUCCAGAAUGAGCUGUUGUAUUCCCCCACUCCUCCGUCUGCCUGUCUCGUCUUCGUCAAGACAUGGGCCGAAGAGGGUGCGGACCGUGAGCACCUGAGCCUCGACUACAACGGCACCGAAGUCGUUAAAAAUGUCGCGUCUUUCUGCAACAACACCAUCGUUGUCACCCACUCCUCCGGCAUCAACGAGCUCCCCUUCGCCAACCACCCCAACGUGACUGCCAUCCUUGCCGCUCACUUCCCAGGCCAGGAGUCCGGUAACUCCAUUGUCGAUGUCCUUUAUGGCGAUGUCAACCCCUCUGGACGUCUUCCAUACACCAUCGCCCGCAAGGGUAGCGACUACAACGCCCCUCCCACAACCGCUGUCACCACCAAGGGCCGUGACGACUGGCAGUCGUGGUUCGACGAGAAGCUCGAAAUCGACUACCGCUACUUCGACGCACACAACAUCCCUGUGCUGUACGAGUUUGGAUACGGUCUUUCGUACACCACCUUCAACAUCUCCAGCAUCUCCGCCAAACCUGUGGUCGACACCAUCUCCUCAGUCCCAAGCACCAAGUCCCGCGUUCAGCCAGGAGGUAAUCCUGCGCUCUGGGAGACCAUCUACAACGUCACUGUGUCAGUCACCAACUCUGGAGAUGUCGAGGGCGCCACCGUGCCCCAGCUCUAUGUGACUUUCCCAGACAGUACCCCCGCAGGAACCCCGCCCAAGCAGCUCCGUGGCUUCGACAAGAUCAACCUGCAACCCGGUGAGACGCGCAAGGUGACCUUCGAGCUGAUGCGGAGAGACCUAAGUUACUGGGACAUCGUGUCCCAGCAAUGGCUGAUCCCCAAGGGCGAGUUCGUCGUCCGCGUUGGAUUCAGCAGCAGGAACCUCAAGCAGGAGGCCAAAAUCACCCCAGUGUCAAAUUAG